UUAUUAUUCUCGACAGCCUAUUAUAAUAUCAGAACAACUUCCUGGGUUCUGCUUGUGCAGUCUAAAUAACGAUCACUACAUUCACCAGUGGAACAAAACAUGGUUAAAUUAUCAUCGGUGCAAGCCAAUCAGCGAACGACCUUUUUUUGCGGCACAACGCAAAAUAGACGUUACGUAAACGUCGUCCGCUACGUAGCGUUCGUACCAAGAGGGAAGGAAGUGUGAUGUGGCUUUGACUCCCAACAAAAAUGUCAGCUAUUUUCAACUUCCAGUCGCUGCUAACAGUGAUUCUCCUCCUGAUCUGUACCUGUGCCUACAUCAGAGCGCUGGCUCCCAGCUUACUCGACAAGAACAAGACUGGGCUUCUUGGCAUUUUCUGGAAGUGUGCCAGAAUAGGUGAGCGGAAGAGCCCCUGGGUGGCUUGCUGCUGUGUCAUCAUGGCUUUCAGUAUACUGUUUCAACAGUAGCAGUCCAACAGAAACCACAAAUGGAAACAUCGGGGAAAUGAACAGGCAACAAGGCAUGAACAAUACGAUCCCACUGGCACAACUGGGCCUCCAGUGGUUGUCACUUAGAUAAUGUAAAAAACGGGAGACCUGUCACCGCUCGUCGCAGCCACGGAGAGAGAAAACGUGUCUUUGUGAGUAGAGGGGGUGAGGUGACGGCUCCAGAGUGUGUCUCGAUCCCUCCACAGACUUACAGGUCUGUCCUUGUGUUUGCCUAUGUGGAAAGUUACCCCGUUUGUAUACGUCUGUGUGUGAUCAAAUGAUCAUUUGCCCAAACAUUUCAAACAGAUUUUUUUUUUUUCACUUUGAGUUUGUCACAGUGACCUGUGUAAAAUCCUCUGGAAAAAUUCUCCCCUCAUAAAUGUUUAUAACUGUUAAAAGAUUCACACGGAGUCCUUUCUUUGUUGUAUCUGAGACAGUGAGAUCAUGUUCCACCGCAAACACAAAAUGGUAUAAUAGCUCUCUGGAAGUCAAAUUGUCGUACGUAUUUGUCACUGAGAGCUACUGAUGUUUUUAAAGUCAGUUUGUCACUAUUUAUUAAAGAAACAUUUUGGAAAUCUG